AUGUCGGACACGGAGGAAAACCCAACACGGAAGGAGCAAGCUCCAGCACCGGAGCUGUCACAAUCAAGCUACGAUCUCGCCGGGAUCUCCAUUCAGUCCAAAUUACUGCCGUUUUGGCGCGAAAAUCCACGCUUAUGGUUUGCGCAGUUCGAAGCAAUCGUAGAACCGUUAAAAACCAGCGACGACCAGAAAUUCAGAUACGCGCUCGGCGUAAUGCAAGCAGCCGAUAUUCAACAAGUCAGCGACAUUAUUCUUAAACCUAAUAUGACCGGCAAGUACAGCGCGCUCAAGACACGUCUUCUUUCUGUUUACGAAGAAUCUGCAUCCAGGCAAUUCCAGAAGCUCAUCAGCGGUCUCGAGCUAGGAGAUCAGAAGCCGACACAGUUAUUAAGAAGAAUGCGAGAAUUAGGCAAGAAUAUGGUACCAGACGACGGUUUGCGAGUCAUAUGGAUGAAUCAACUUCCAGUGCAAGUACGCACCGUUCUAUCAGUCAACAAUGAGUCAUCACUGGAUAUCCUUGCCGCCAUGGCCGACAAGAUGCUAGAGCACACCGAACCAGUCACAGUUGCAGCAGUCACAAGAACCUCAGAAGCCCAAGCCCCACCAAGCAGUGACAUCGCACUUUUCGAAAAGCUGUCUCAAAAGCUUGAGAAUUUGACGCUCGAAAUUGCAGCGCUACGUUCCAGCAGCCGGCAACCCUAUCGCCGUCCCUUUCGCUCUCGCAGUCGUUCCCGUUCACGAUCAAGACCGACGCACGAAAUUACACGCAAGCCAGGUGAUCCUGGAUGGCUCUGCAGAUACCACUUCAGAUUUGGAGACAGGGCACGAAAAUGUGAAUCGCCGUGUAGCAAGAACCACAACACGUCGGAAAACUAA